AUGUUUGAAUCACUUGUGGCAAAUUUGCUAAAUCGGGUGUUGGGAUCAUAUAUAGAAAAUUUUGAUCCCAACCAAUUGAAUAUUGGAAUAUGGAGUGGUGAUGUCAAGUUGAAGAAUUUACGAUUGAAAAAAGAAAGUCUUGAUAAGUUCAGAUUACCAAUCGAUGUUAAAUUUGGUCAUUUGGGUGAAUUGACUUUACAAAUCCCAUGGUCAAAUUUAAAAGGCAAACCAGUUAAAAUCAUUGUGGAAGAUUUAUAUUUGCUUGCCUCACCUAUUAUUUUACAAGAUUAUGAUAUAGAAGAAGAAAAAAAGAGAGAAUUCACCCUUAAGAAGGAGAAACUAGAUGAAUUGGAAACUUUCUUAGAAGCAAAGAGUCAGGAAUUGGGUACUGAUCUAGAAAAUGAAACAUUUGUCGAAUCUUUGCUCACUAAAAUCGUGGACAAUUUGCAAGUCACAAUUAAGAAUAUUCAUGUCAGAUACGAGGAUGAUUCAUUGUUGACAGAAUCGCCUUAUUCCAUUGGAUUUUCCUUGGAAGAAUUAUCAGCUGUGUCGACGGAUGAAGAUUGGGUUCCUUCUUUCAUUAACAUAACUCAGGUGCUUACAAGAAAGUUGCUCACAUUGAAGGAUCUUUCUUGUUAUAUGGACACUCAAGACACUAAAUUGUAUUCCCAUCUUAGUCGUGACGAAGUAUUGACUGCAUUCCAACAGACUAUGACUGAUGUUGAAUAUUUGCUUAAGCCGGUUACUGGUAACGGUAAAGUAACUGUACACAAAUUAGGAACAACCGAGAAAAUCCCCCACAUAGACUCGGAUUUGUACUUUGAAGAGUUUGGGGUUGAAUUGAACUCUCAGCAAUAUCAAGAUUUAUUGUGGACAGCAUCCAAGUUCCAUUGGUUUAUGAAGACAGAAAAAUUUAGAAAAUUCAGACCAAAGUUACCUCCAAGCGAAGCACCAAAGGCAUGGUUUAAGUAUGCAGCCGAGUCUGUUUUGAAUGAAAUCCAUGAACGAAACUACAAGUGGAGUUGGGCCUAUUUUGAAAAACGUAGAGAUCAAAGAAUCCAAUAUAUUCAAUUGUGGAAACUGAAGCUCAAGGGUGAAUUAACUACGGAAAAGCAAACCGAAUUGGAAGACUUGGAAAAGGAGUUGCCUUACGAUGAUAUUAAAUUAUACCGAUCUUUGACUAGAAGUGAAUUGAAGAAAUCCAACCAACAAGUUUCAUUGUAUGAUACCCCUGCUAAGAAGCAAGCAUCAAAUCAAUCUAGCGGUGGCUGGUUUUCCAGUUGGUGGGGAGGAGGAAACAAUACCCAAAAACAAGUGGUGGCGGAUGGCAACAGCAACAACAGCAACAACAAUGACGACAACAACAAGGAAUCAGAUGAAAACAAGCAAAUUGAUUUGUCAUUGACUGACGCUCAAAGAAAAGUACUUUAUGAUGCCAUUGAUUACGACGAAAACUCUGCAGUAUGUGUCGAUCUUCCAAAAGAAUGGGUGAAAUUAAAAGUAUCAGCUCGAUUAGAUAAAGGUGGUUUGACUAUUAAAAGUGAUAAAUCAACAAAUUUGGCUGAAAUUGUGUUUGAAGGAUGUCUGGCCCAAUUCUUGGAGCGUCCUGACUCAUUUCUCUCCAAAUUUCAAAUGGAUGAAUUUAGAGUUGAAGAUGGAACGGGGACUACACUCUAUAAGCAUAUUGUGAAGGUUCAAGAAGGUGAAGGAACUAAAAAUGAUACCUCAGAUGAUCCCUUCUUACUGUUGGCAUUUGAGAAAAACCCGCUUGACCAAUCUGCAGAUUCCAGUUUGACUGGGAAAUUAAAAUCUAUGACUAUUUACUAUAACCCCAAGUUUAUUGAAGAGAUUGUGAAAUUUUUCACGCCUCCUAAAAUCCAUCUCGAUACAGUUGGUGCUUUGAUGAAUGCUGCUGAAUCUACUGUGGAAGGUUUGACUUCUCAAACAAGAAUUGGAUUAGAGUAUGCGUUGGAAGAACAUAAAACAAUGAACGUAAAAUUGGAUUUGCAGACUCCGUUGUUGAUUCUUCCACUUGAUCCAUCAAGUAAUAAAUCCCCAGUUGCUAUCUUGGAUGCUGGUCAUAUUAGUGUCACCAGUGAUUUGGUCGAUAAGUCAAUAAUCAAAGAAUACAAAGAGAAGGAACAAUAUUCAAAAGAAGAUUGGGAAACAUUAAGAGAAUUAAUGUAUGAUAAGUUUCAUGUGAAUUUGGAGGAUGCUAGAUUUUUGGUUGGUAACAACAUUCAAUCAACCAUGUAUCAGUUGUCGUCGAAUUCUAAUGUUAGAUCUGAUUAUAUUCUAGACACGUUUAGUGUUGGAUUACUUUUACAGAUCUCUAUUCUUCCUGAGGCACAAAAUUUAUCUAAAAUAAGACUUGGUGGAAAAGUGCCCAAAGUUGCAUUGUCUUUGAAUGAUGUUCAGUAUAAAACAUUGAUGCAGAUUAUUGACGCAGCUGUUCCAAAUACUGAAUUAGAUACUUCAGAUGACUCCAGUGUAUUCAAAGCAUUUGGUAAUGGGGAACCAUCUGGAGAGUUUGACAUCGAAGAGAGCACUCGAAUUUCAAACAUUCCAAAACAAUCAACAAAUAGUGACCAACACCAGUUUGAGUUUGACUUUAAUGUUGAACUUAUCCAAAUAUCACUUUCAAGAUGCAUUGAUCCGAUUACAUUAGAAGCAGAGCCAGUGGCUGAUAUUAUUGGAGAAUCUUUCAAUUUGAAUGUUGCCAAAACAUUAACUGAUAUGUUCGUUACAUUGAAUGUUUUUGAUAUUAGCCUUUUGGAUCAUAUUGAAAAGUCGGGUAUUCCGGAAUUCCAGAAACUUAUUUCAUCAAGCAAUGAGAAUGAGUCCAAAAAUUUACUUGAAUUGAAAUAUAGCAAGAAGCAAAGACUAGUAAAUUUCAAUAAUAAGAGAAUUGAAGCAUUUGACCAGGAUGUAGAUUUGCAAAUUGCGGUGGUGAAAUUUGUUGUCACAAGAAAGUCAUACUUGAGUAUGUUGAAUUAUAUUUUGAACACAUUUACUGAUCCGAAUGCAGCCCCAACUCCAGCUGAUGAAUUGAAUCACAACUCGGAGAAUGAAGCUGCAUCUCCUCAAAAGAUUAAUGUGAAUGUUGGUUUAGAAAGUAUUAUAUUGGUUUUAAACGAAGAUGGUAUAAAAUUGGCUACGUUUCAAUUAAGUGAAGCGCAGAUCAACGUGCAUUUAUUACCAGAAUACAUGGAUGUUCAAGGUAAAUUAGGAGGGUUUUCCUUACAUGAUGAAGUUAACAUAGGUUCACCAAGAGAUUCAGGAAUGAGAAACCUCAUAAGAAUUGAUGGAGAUAACUUGGCUAAGUUUUCGUAUAAAACUUAUGAUUGUGCAACUGAAACCAAACCUUCUGUUGUCGAGUUUGAAACAGGUGCCAUGACUAUUAACUUUAUUGAAAGCUCGUUCAACAGAAUUUUGUCGUACUUGAGCCAGUUCCUCAAAAUGAAAGCGGUUUAUGAUAGGGCUCGAGAAGCGGCGAUAAACCAGGCUGCUCAAAUUCCUGCAAAAUUGUUGUUUAAUGUCUUGGUUCAUGCUCCGACUAUAGUAUUCCCAUUGUAUGGUGAGAAUACUAACAAAAUGAUUGCUGACCUUGGUGAAAUUUAUGCCCAUAAUAAAUAUUCUGGGGAUAUCAAUGUGAUAGAUUUUGGUAUAAGAAAUGUAAGUCUUUCAUCUGAUUUGGAAUUUGGAGACGAAAUUAAACAGCAUCUGCAUAUUGUUGAUGAUUUGGAUUUGGGAUUCAAAAUUGAUUAUUCUGAGGACUAUGUCAAAGGAACACCAACGUUUGUUGUCAAAGGGGAAUUGCCAGAGCUUGAUAUGCAUUUGACAGAAGUGCAAUUUAAUCUUUUAACCAAACUUUCUGAUUCCAUAAGUAGAGCAUUCAGUUUUGAAGAAUCAGAGGCAAGUCUUGAAGCUGUUGAAGAAGAUGCUGCUUUUGCUAAUGAAGUUCUUAAACAUAAUACCAGAUUAAUACAAGGUGAAGGUAAUACAUCAACUAGAACACAGGUUCAAUCUACAGAGAAUGCAUCUGAACAGCAGCAAAAUACACAACCGCAACCGAACUCGCAGGAUAUUCCUGCUGAUCAUCAAAUGGUUGACUUGGAGUUUGAUAUCCCACGUGUUGCCUUAACGAUAUAUAAUCGAACUGAAGGUGUUUGUCUGUUGGGCGAGUGUCCAUUGUCAACAUUUGCUAUGAAUCAAUUGGUGUGCAAAUUUUCCAUGACUCAAGAUACACAUUUUGAACUGAAGUUGAAAAUUAAGUCAUUUGUCGUGCAAGAUGUUCGAAAGAAUACUGAAAGUAAGUUCCCAAUUAUCAUUCCAGCCGUUGAAGGCGUUGAAGAUCAAUUUGAUAUAAUGGUUAGUUCAGAUGGUCCAAAGGACAAUAGAAACAUAACUGUGAUGUUAACUGUAGAGAAACCAAGAACAAUUCUAGCACUUGAUUAUUUAUUUGAGUUACAAGUAUUUUUCAACAAGGCUACAGAAACAGGUACAAGCGUUGUUCCAGCAACACAGCAUCAAAGAAGAAAAUCACGUGCUUCACUCACAUCCAAUUCUGCAAGAAUUGAAAAUACAUCUAGUGACGAACACAACCCACAUGAACCUUCCAAGUUGGGAUUCUCCAUUAAUAUCGUGGAUCCAUCGGUUAUUUUACUUGCAGAUGAUUCUAACGAAAGCACGGAAGCUGUGGUUUUCAAAGUUGGACAAAUUUUAAUUACUCAACAGAAUGUUUUAUCGUUGGCCACAAGUAAUAUUGGAAUGUAUUUAAUGAGUAUGAACGAACCAAAUAACUCGAGUUAUAGAAUAAUUGAUGAUUUUUCCAUUUCCUUUGCAUUGGAUUCACGUGGAUCAACACCAACUGACUUUUUAACUAGUAUUCAAGCUUCAGUUGAUCCAUUACUUAUCAGAGUUUCACUUAGAGAUAUUAGAUUGGCGUUUGGAAUUUUCAACAGAGCUAAUCAGUUGUACAUCAAACAUCAAGGAUUAAGCGAUACAGGCAAAGAUGAAUUUAAUGAGUAUGAACUUUCUAAAGAUAUCAAGAGAAGAUUAUCCCUGUAUGCACCAAGUAUAAUCUCAACUAUAUCCGACGAAUUGCACAUUGAUCCAGUUAAUGAGUUACCUGAAGGGGUAGCGAUUGUCAAGGGAGAAGAAUUCAAUGCUAGUUUUGGUGGAUUAAGAUUUGUUUUGAUUGGUGAAGUUUCCGAUUUACCUGUAGUAGAUUGGAAUGUCAAACCAUUUGAAGUAAGGGCUAUCAACUGGUCAACAGAUUUGAAUGCUGAGGUUCAUUUCGAACAAUACAUAAAUGUAUUUAGUUAUUCUAAAUCUGCUUGGGAACCAUUAGUUGAGCCAUGGCCAAUUGCCAUUUAUGCAUCCCAAACAAAGCACCCAAAGCCACAAUUGCUAGUUGAAAUUAUAUCCCGAGAACUUGCACAAGUCACACUUACAUCGAGAUCAAUUGUUUUGCUCUCCCAAGUAUCCGAUUUGAUUACAUCUGAUGUCAAAUUGAAACCAAGAGGUGAGGAUUAUCCAUACCUUUUGGUAAAUGAAACAGGAUUUGAUUUAGAAGUUUGGUCCAGUUCAAAGGAGGAUACUUCAAAAACUCCAAUCAAGUCGGGGUCUUCUAUCCCUUGGAGCUUUGAAGAUUGGAGAGAAAUUCGUGAAAAUUUAGAUGCAGAUAUUGCCAGUUCGUUAGAUAUUCGUUUUGUUGAUUCUCAGUUUCAAGAUGUUCUGGGAAUUACAGCAUCGAGUGUGGGAGAAGAGUUGUAUGUUAUCAAACCACCUGUUGAUGGUAUCCAUAACAGAUUGUCCGUUGAUAUCGUGUUACGUGAAGAUUAUGUCAAAGUAAUUAAAUUGAGAUCAACUGUGGUAUUAGAAAAUGACGCAGAUAUCCCGAUCAUCGUAAAAGUUAAUGAUCCAAAUAUGGAAGAAACUGAAUUAGUCAUUGAUUCAAAACAAUCUAAAGCUAUCCCUAUAAGUUCUGUUUAUCAAGGUAGAGUAAGAGUUAAACCUAAGUUAUAUACACCUUAUGGAUGGUCAGAGCAGCAAUUAUACUGGAAAGAUGCUGCAAGAGGUUGUAUCUCGUUAAGCUGUCCAGCAGAGACUCGUGGAGAUAAAUCGAUAUAUCAUUUCCAAGUGGAAGCUAAUUAUAACAAAGAUGAGCCGUUAGCACGUGUAUACCCUCACAUGAAGAUUGUUAUAUCCGCACCAUUAGAAAUCGAGAAUUUGUUACCGUUUGAUUUUAACUACAGGUUGUACAACCAAAAGACUAAGAAAGAGUGGACUGGUUCUGUUUCUAAAGGUGUAAAGAGCUAUGUACAUGUUGUUGGUUUGGAUAGCGUUUUACUACUCAGUGUUGAGCCAACCAGUAGACAAUGGGAGAAAUCUGAGUUUGCCAUCAUAAAUCAACCAAAGAAAGAUGAUUUCGAAAGGGAAAAUACAUUAUUAUUACGUGAUGUGCAUAAUCGACUUUUGCAUUUGAAAAUAUACUACCCAAGAAAGCAGUCAGAUAGUACCAGUUUGAAAGUUGUGAUAUACUCACCAUAUGUCAUUUUGAACAGAACCAGUUUGAAUUUGGUGAUCAAUGAUCGUGGAAGCCAAGUUGAGCUGUUGGCAAGAACCAAUAACGGAGCUAGAAAUGUAGCUCCUUUUAUGUUUUCCUUUGAUAAAGAUGAUGAUACCAAAAGCCGUGCAACUAUUAAAACUGAUGAUACGGCAUGGUCACAGCCAAUGAGUUUCAAAGCUCUUGGCCAGGCAAAUGAAAUAAAGUUACAGGUUCUUGGCAAACAAAGGGAAGUCAAUCUCGGUAUUUCUAUUUCAGAAGGUGAAGGUAAAUAUAACUUAACAAAAGUUGUAACUAUUGCGCCUCGAUAUGUUUUUAUCAAUAAGUUGAAGGAAGAGUUGCAUAUUACAGAAGUUGGUACUACUAAGCAAAUACCUGUUGAAGCUGGAGGUUUGGUUCCACUCUAUGGAUUGCGUUGUAUGGAGAAGAAAAGUGUUACAAUGAAAUUUGCACAAGGUACUGGUUCAAUGUCUUGGUCACAGCCAUUCUGCAUAGAUGAUGUUGGACAGUUGUUUAUUAAAGUUCUCAAGAAAGAUGUGGGUCAAAUUUUAGUGAAAUGUACUAUCAUGUUAGAAGACGCUACUAUUUUCAUUUAUGUUGAAGAUGGAAAUGAUCAGUGGCCAUAUUCGAUUAGAAAUUUCACGAAUGAAGAGUUUUAUAUUUACCAGAAUGAUCCUAAUAUCAAUGCCAAUGGUGAAGUGAUUAAAAGUGAAACUCCAUAUAAGCCUAUUUACUACAAGAUUCCACCGAAAAGUGUCAUGCCAUAUGCGUAUGAUUAUCCAAAUGCUAUUAUCAAGGAGAUCAUUGUGAGAUCUCAUGGUAGAGAACGUGCUAUUAGUCUUGCUGAGAUUGGUAAUUUAAAACCUUUUAGGCUUCCAACCACACAAGAUCGUCAACAAUGUAUUGUUGAUCUCAAUGUUGUUGCUGAUGGGCCUACACAAUCAUUGAUAAUCAGUAAUUAUGAUGCAUCAACUAGUCUUUAUCAAUUGAAGGGUCAUGUUUCCUCGUCAUCAACUUCGGUGGCAACUUCUAAUGCCGCUGGUCAAUUUGAAGUUAUUGAAAAUGAUGAAAACUAUCACACAAAGAUUGUAACAAAGUUUGAAGGUUUUGGAUUUUCGUUGAUUAACACCAGAGAUCAAGAAUUGUGUUAUAUCACAUUGAAGGGAUUGGAAUUUAGAUAUAAUGAGUCUAAUUUGUAUCAAACAUUUAGUGCCAAGUUGAAGUGGAUUCAAAUAGAUAAUCAAUUAUAUGGUGGUAUUUUCCCGUUAAUUUUGUAUCCAACAGUUAUUCCAAAGACUGGUAAGGAAUUGAAUAGUCACCCAGCAUUAUCAGGAUCAGUUUGUUUAUCAAAAGACGAUACUCAUGGUGUUUUGUUUAUCAAGUAUGCAACUUUAUUGUUACAAGAGAUGACACUUGAGAUUGACGAGGAUUUCUUGUAUGCCUUGUUAGAUUUCUCCAAGUUCCCUGGUGCAUCAUGGAAUAAGGAACAUGUUGAUAGGUUAUGUGAUGACACUUUGAAUAUCCCUGAACCUUCCAAACUUGGUGAUACAAGUGAUGUUUAUUUUGAAGCGUUGCAUCUUCAACCUAUCCAAGCCAAUUUGUCAUUUGUUAGAACUGAACGAGUCAAUGCUGAAGAUAAGAUUGCUUCUCAAAGUACUGUUAUGUUUUUUGUUAAUGUAUUGACCAUGGCUAUUGGUAAUAUUAAUGAUGCUCCUAUCAAAUUGAAUUCAUUGUUCCUUGAGAAUGUGAGAGUUCCAACACCAAUAUUGAUUGAUUCUGUUCAGACUCACUAUAGACAGGCGUUUUUCUAUCAACUUCAUAAUAUUAUUGGUUCUGCUGACUUUUUAGGAAAUCCAGUCGGUUUGUUUAAUUUGCUUUCUUCUGGUGUUAUUGAUAUUUUCUAUGAACCAUAUCAGGGGUUUAUAAUGAAUGAUCGUCCUCAAGAACUUGGUAUUGGUUUAGCAAAAGGUGGAUUAAGUUUUGUGAAGAAAUCAGUGUUUGGAUUUUCAGAUUCUGUAGCCAAGGUGACUGGUUCUAUUGCUAAAGGUUUGUCGGUUGCUACAAUGGAUAAAGCGUUCCAGGAACGUCGUCGUUUGAACACAAGAAGAAAUAAACCUAAACAUGCAUUGUAUGGAUUUGCUAGUGGAGCAAACUCGUUUUUUGAUUCGUUUUCCUCGGGAAUUACUGGUUUAGCUACUGCUCCAAUUGAAGGUGCAGAUUCGGAAGGUGCUGCAGGAUUUUUCAGGGGAUUGGGUAAAGGUCUUAUUGGAUUGCCUACAAAGACCGCGAUUGGUAUUUUCGAUUUGGCUUCUAAUGUCAGUGAAGGAAUUAGAAAUACUACAACGGUGUUUGAUGGUGAAGGCUUGGAUAAGGUUAGAUUGCCAAGAUAUAUUAAUCCUAAAGGUAUUAUUAAACCAUUCUCACAAAGAGAAGCACAAGGUCAAUUUUGGUUAAACAAUAUUGAUGGUGGUAUUUACUAUAACCAAGAGUAUAUUGCUCAUAUACUAUUACCUGGAGAAGAAAUGGCUGUAUUACUUACCUACAAGUUGCUUAUAUUAUUUGAUAUUAAUACUUUGGUGUCGAAAUGGGUGAUUCAUUUUGAACAAAUCAAAUCUAUUUCUGUUGAACCUACCGGAAUCAUUAUUGAUUUACACACAAAGAAAGGUCCAUUUGUUCCAAUCCCAGAUAGAUCCAAUAGAGUUUUCUUAUCUAAAAAAUUACAAGUUGCUAUUGAGGAAUACAACAAGCACUGUCAAAUUACACUUUAG